GGAAAAUGAAGGCUAUUUUCUGUGGAAAUUUCGAAUAUGAUUGCCGGGAGUCUGAGCUGGAGCGGCUUUUUAGACGAUAUGGGAAGGUUGAUAGGGUGGAUAUGAAGGCUGGAUUAUCUUUGCAUAUCCAUUUACUCCCAAGCUAAUGGAUGGGCUUUUCAGAAAUGUGUUUCCUGCCAAUGAUGCACAUCUUCGAAUCAUUCAAUAUGUUCCACAAUGGCAUAACUCUACGUAUUCCUCAGUCACAUUUGCCUUUCAAUUUUUGUGCCUUUUGCCAGUCUUCACUUUCGGACAUGUUUCGAGGUUGAAAUAUUGCCAACCUCACAGCAGAGGCAGCUGAAUGAAUGGAGAAUGCACUCACUUUCCACUGACCCACCAUGAGACCUACACUUUUGGAUUCUUGUUCUUGACACCACUUUGUUUAUUACGCAAGGAUUUGCUUUUAUCUAUAUGGAAGAUGAGAGAGAUGCUGAUGCUGCAAUUCGCGCUCUUGAUCGGAUAGAGUUUGGUCGAAAGGGGCGCAGACUUCGUGUAGAAUGGACAAAGGGAGAGCGUGGCAUUCGAAGGCCUGCUGAGCGUCCAAAAAGAUCUUCAGCUAAUGUAAGACCAUCAAAGACCUUAUUUGUAAUUAAUUUUGAUACAUACCAGACCAGAACAAGGGACUUGGAGAGGCACUUUGAGCCAUAUGGUAAGAUAGUCAGUGUGAGGAUCAGAAGAAAUUUUGCAUUUGUUCAGUAUGAUUCAGAAGAUGAUGCUUCCAAAGCACUGGAAGCUACAAAUAAUAGCAAGUUGUUGGAUCGGGUUAUUUCAGUUGAAUUUUCUUCUAAAGACGAUGACGCUAGGAGAAAUGGACAUAGCCCGGAUAGGGGCCGUGAUCGUCAACGUGACAGAAGCCGUGAUGGAAGGCGAUCACCCAGUCCUUAUCGUAGAGAAAGGGGUAGUCCUGAUUAUGGCCACGGGCCUAGUCCAUAUAAGAGAGAGAGGAGCAGCCCUGACUAUGGGCGUGGCAACAGCCGUAGUAGAAGCCCCCCCUAUAAGAGGGAGAGGAGUAGCCCUGCUUAUGGGCGUCGAAGCGUUAGUCCUUACAGAAGAGAGAGGGAUGGUUCUGAGCCUGUUCGUGGCACUAGCCCCAGUCCUUAUCACAAAGAGCGUGGGAGAACUGGCCGGUCUCCCUCUCAGAGUCCCGAAGAAGGAGAGAGGAUAGACCUUCGAAAUGAUCAUGGAUCUGAGCAUAGUCCUUAUGACACUGUGAAGGAUAGCCCUGAAAAUGGCCAUCACCGGAGGCAUAGUCCUGAUGCAAUAGGGAACCCCAGCCCAUACAAUGAUUCUAGAAGAAGCCCUAGUCCUGAUGCAAAAGGGAACCCCAGUCCAUACAAUGAUUAUGGAGGGAGCCCAAAUACUGUGCCUGAACCCAGGGACAGUCCCAACUAUGGUGGUGCUGAAAGUCCCAUGCAGGAGCAAUAUCGCAGCCAGAGCCGGUCACCCCCUGCAGAAGAAUGAUUUCAGUCGUUGAUGAAAAAGCCCGAAGGACCAACAGAUUGUAUAACAUGGUCAUUACAAGACUAAAUUUAGUUUCAGCAAAUGGCAUUAGUGUAGUGUCGAUAAAGCUUUGAAACUUGUGGUGGUUUGACAAUUUUUCUGGUAUCUAUUCAUUUAGAUAGUUUCAUACUUCAAUCUUUAAUGUUUUAGAAUCUUUGUUUUUAAAGGCAAAUAGUGGUGCCUAUUUGAUCAAUAUUAUCGAACUUGUGUAGUUUUAUAAAAGUUGUCGCCAAAUCCUUGUGCGCCCUUGAGGCAUUCAAGGUAA